AUGGACGCCACCGAACUGCAGUCGUACGAGUUUCAGCUGUCGCAGGUCAAUGACGCCUUGUCCGCGGACCCUAACAAUGCGGAACUCAAGACACUACAAGAAGAGCUGACCAACCUCAUCGCUCUGACUCGGGAGCUGGUGUCACAACAAACAGCCGAAGCGCAGGCUACCAAAGCGGCUUCUAGCAGUCCGCACGCUGGCUCAUCCAAGCUUCCGAGCACGAGCGCAAAGUCGCGUGAUGAAAGUCCGAGAGGAGAGGCCUCCAAUUCACGAUCAACAGCAACCGAGAAGGAAGUCAGGAAGUAUGCUGCAGGUGAAGAAUGCAUGGCAAAGUACCAGGCGGACGGGCGCUGGUAUCCCGCACGCAUCACGUCGGUCGGAGGAUCUGCCGCUAACCCAGUCUACAGCAUCGUAUUCAAGGGAUACAAUACCACCGAAAUGGUGACCAGUGCUUCCUUGAAGCCCUUGGCCAGGUCAUCCGGUCCAGGCGCAGGGACUGGCUCUUCAGAUGCCGCAUCCAACACGCCUGUAACCAAAGCUGGCAAUGUGAAACGCGGCGCUAGCACCUUGACGCCAGAAGAGGAAGCUGAGCGGGAAAGGAAGCGCAAACGCAAUGAGAAAAAGACAGAGCGUAGUCAGGGCAAGGAUCAGGCAGCACUGGAAAAGCAGAGCACCUGGCAGAAAUUUGCUAAAAAGGGUGCCAAGAAGGGAUAUUCGAUUGCAGGCACAUCUGGGAAGAGCAUGUUCAGGACGCCCGAGGAUCCUUUGGCCAGAGUCGGUGUCGUAGGCGCAGGCAAGGGCAUGACCCCAGGCGAAUCUCGCAAGCGACAUGUCUACGAAGAGGACUAA